AUGUUUACCAGAGUCGCUAGACGUGCUUUCACUACUACCAGAGUCAAUCCAUACAAGGUCACUGUUCUAGGUGCCGGUGGUGGUAUUGGUCAACCACUAUCCCUUCUAUUGAAAUUAAACCACAAGGUUACCGAUUUGAGACUUUACGAUUUGAAGGGUGCACCAGGUGUCGCAGCAGAUCUAUCUCACAUUCCAACUAACUCUAAGGUUAGUGGUUUCGCACCUGAUAACAACGGGUUGUCUCAGGCUCUUUCUAACACCGAUGUUGUCUUGAUUCCAGCAGGUGUUCCACGUAAACCUGGUAUGACCAGAGAUGAUCUUUUCUCUAUCAAUGCUUCCAUUGUGAGAGAUUUGGCUUCUGCUGCAGGUGAAGCUGCUCCAAAUGCCAAGAUUUUGGUCAUUUCUAACCCAGUUAACUCUACCGUUCCUAUUGUUGCUGAAUCUUUGAAGAAGAAGGGUGUGUACAGUCCAAACAGAUUGUUUGGUGUCACUACCUUGGAUUCUAUCAGAGCCUCUAGAUUUAUCUCUGAAGUCCAAGGUACCAACCCAACUCAGGAACACGUUAACGUUGUCGGUGGUCACUCUGGUAUCACUAUUCUUCCAUUGAUCUCUCAAACUAAAUACAGCAACAUGGACAAGGCCACUAAGGACGCUUUGAUCCACAGAAUUCAAUUCGGUGGUGACGAAGUCGUCAAGGCUAAGGACGGUGCUGGUUCCGCUACUUUGUCUAUGGCCCAAGCUGGUGCUGUUUUCGCCAACGCUGUUCUUUCCGGUCUAGCUGGUGAACGUGAUGUGGUUGCCAACUCUUUUGUUGACUCCCCAUUGUACAAGAGUGAAGGUAUUGAUUUCUUCUCCUCCCCAAUUACUUUGGGUCCAGAAGGUGUUACUAAGAUUCACCCAAUUGGUGAAAUCUCCAGUGAAGAAGCUGAAUUGUUGGCAAAGGCUAAGGAAACUCUAAAGAAGAACAUUGAAAAGGGUGUUCAAUUCGUCAACAACUAA